UAAUGGUUUGAAUUAACGACCUCUGGUACGAUAGCUAUGAAAGGACUACUGAGGAGGAGCUCUGCAGUGUUUCAGUGGAGGUUAUACAGAGAGAUACUUGCAGCCAGUGAGAGAUGUCCUCCCAGUGUCCAUCACGAGACAGCCUACCCCCUCCUCUCCAGGCAUCAUGUACCCCAGGCAUUCUCCUUCAUUCCCUUGAGCUCUAGUGUUGCAGUCUACACCAAGUGUGCCAGUAAUGGUCGUCCAUUCCAAGCGUGGCUAUACACUAAACACACGACACAGCACAAGUUAUUGUAUGAGGAGACAUUAGCAAGCUCCACUCUAGAUGUGGCGCUGACAAGAGAUGGUCAAUUUGUCACCAUCAACUCUAACACAAGAACAGACUCUGAGGUGCAUGUCAUGAGGACACUAGAUGCCCAGACUGGAUCAUGUGAGCCGCUGCUUGUGCGGCCAAGAGAAGAGGGAGUGGAGUACUACAUGGAGCAUGGUCAUAAUGAUAUAUUCUACAUCCUCACCAAUGCUCCCAGUGGCUGUUAUUACAAGGUGAUGAUUGCUGCUAGCCAUCAACCAAGCUCCUGGACACACUACUACCAACCACCACAGGGGACUGUGCUACUUGACCUCGAGUUAUAUAGCGGUGGAUUGCUACUCUAUUGCUUGAAGGAGGGUGCUCCAAUAGUGGCCGCCCUCUAUCCAGAACACAAGCAGAUUUUAGUUGGAGACCAGUUCACUGAGGUCAAAGGUGGUGGGGGUCACUACAACUGUUCCGAAUGGCCUGUCUUGUUCUCCUCACCCACAGCACCCCCCACAGCUACACACAUAGCAGGACCACCCCCCACAGGGGACAAGGGAACACAGACAGCCAGUGUACACAUGAUCUCACCAUCAAAUGAUCGUUACUGCAUUGAGAGAAGAGAAGCUGUCAGCACAGAUGGUACACAAGUCCCACUGACACUGUGUUACCAGAGAGGAGCUCUCAAAGGCAGCAACCUAAACCCAGUGUUAGUCCAUGUCUAUGGUUGCUAUGGCGAGUGUGUGCCCAUUGGUUGGCAGGCUGAGGGGCUUCCCCUACUGGAGAGAGGGUGGGUCAUGGCAUACGCCCACACACGAGGGGGCGGGGAAAGGGGGCGUGGCUGGUACCAUAGUGGUAUGGCACACAAUAAACACAAGACCUUUCAAGACUUGGCUGCCUGUGUGGCUAGUGUGCAGUGUGAUAUAAGCCAGCCUAGACUCACUGCUUUGGUGGGCGAGAGCGCUGGGGCACUACCUGUGGGGAUGUUCUCGAACCUCUGGCCACACCUUCUCCAAGCUGCUAUUCUCAAGGUCCCAUUAGUGAACCUGUGUCACGCUCUCUCUGACUUGAGUAACUACCUGGCGUGUAAGGAUAAACUAGAGUUUGGUGGAUACCCACAUGGUACAAGAUCUGAGAGAGAGCAUAUUGCUUCUAUUUGUCCCUACUCUACACUACGGCCUCAAGACUACCCUGCUGUGUACGUGAGGGCCUCCAGGAAUGAUGAAGUGAUCCCCUUCAGUGGAGUGGUUGCUUAUGUCAGGAGACUGAGAGAAUGUGGGGCCAAUGUUGUGUUCAAGGUGGACUCAGUACAUGGUCACCAUGACAACGGAGACGCUAAGGAGAGAGCUACCAACGCUGCCAAACAAAUCAUGUUCCUGUACAAGGCACUACAACUGGACAUUGCUGAAUGAACUAUCACAUUCUAAUUACACAUUCUGUAACUUAAUACACAUGCGUUUCUAAACAUCGAUAUGAAUCAAUCUUUGAAAGACGAGCUGUAAUCAGUCAGUAUAAUUAUGUAUUAAAAUCAAAGUCUA